CUCAACUGAGAUGCAACAAAUUAGGGAAAGUCAAUCGAUUCUGAUUUUGACCAAAAAAACAUAAAAAAUACAUUAAAAAAUUACAAAUUUAAUUACACGUGCAUCUGCUCCGCACCUGGUAGAUUGCUUCUUUAAAACGCUUCGGUUUUUUGUUUGUUUUGUUUUUUAUUCCUGGGGGGAAAAAAGUGAACAUCUACAAACUUCUUGCAUUUUAUCUUCAUCAAUAAGGCAUGGGAAACACAAUGAAGACUUAAAUCAGGUCUAUAAUAACUGUCCAGAGGAUCUAGGGGCGGCUCUGUACCGGGAGCCAUUUGACUUCAACGCCGAGCCACCUUGGGAUCCUAGUUGAUAGUGGAAGAGUUCGCCCAAGGACUCAUCCAUUUUGUUAAAUAAGUCUAGGACCCAGGGGCUCGAGAGUGAGCAACAUUACUUUUGACUAGCCAGAUUCUUUAUGCCUGUUGGACACAGAACACGGUUGAGAGGAUGAAAGGAAUCUCAGAUGAACCGCAUUUUUCAGUGGGCCUUCUGGAAGGCGCCACAUCUCUCUGUGAUGUGAUUGACAAUCACAUUUAUGAACAAACUUGGUCUGAGAAGAAAGCUUUCUUUGUCGCAGACCUAGGAGUUAUAAUGAGACAGCAUGUUCGCUGGCGAACACACAUGGCCCAAAUUCGUCCCUUCUAUCCUGUCAGAUGCAACAGCAGCCCAGGUGUUAUUGAAGUAUUGGCUGUACUUGGCACUGGAUUCAUAUGUAGCAACAAGUUUGAACUUGAUCUGGUCCAGAGCCAUGGAAUUCCAUGUGAAGACAUCAUCUAUAGUGGAGUUUGUAAACAGGUUUCACAAAUCAAGUAUGCUGCAAAGACGGGCAUUGACCUCCUGGUGUGUGAUAAUGAAACAGAGCUGCGCAAGAUUUCACGCUCUCACCCGAAUGCCAAGCUGCUCCUUCAGGUGUCAACAGAAGCAUCAAUCCAGGACACUGAAUUGAGCAUGUCAUUUGGCUGUUCGCUCAAAGACUGUCGACAUCUACUGACGAGUGCAAAGGAGCUCGGUGUGGAGGUGGUGGGCGUCAGAUCCUUAAUUUCACACGAAUGCAAGGAUAUUCAUGUGUACACCAAUACCAUCUCUGAUGCUCGUUGUGUUUUUGAUAUGGCGGAGGAAAUUGGUUUCAAAAUGAAAAUCUUGGACAUAGGAGGUGGUUUUGGUGGCUCGGACACGCAGCUGGACUUGAUCAAUCAUGCAGUCAUGUCUAUGGUGGAUCAAUACUUCCCCCCUGUUAGUGGAGUUACCAUCAUUGGGGAGCCUGGCAGCUACUUUGUGUCCUCUGCUUUAACCCUUGCUGUCAACAUCAUCUCUAAAGAGGUAGUGGUGCAGGACUGCCAAGAUGAAGCACAUGCAGAUGAUCCAUAUCCCAGUGAUGAGCCUGAGUUCCAGUACUACAUGAAUGAAGGAGUCUAUGGAUGCUUUGCCUGUAAACUCACUGAAAUGGUGAUCACUGCUCCCAAUCUUCAGACGAACACUUGUUCCAAAGGUCCAGUGUUCUGCAGCAGCCUGUGGGGCCCCUCUGGUGAUGGCCUGGAUCUGGUGAUGGAGCACUGUCUGCUGCCAGAGCUUAACAUUGGAGAUUGGCUCAUGUUCAGCCACGCAGGGGGCUACUCUCUCGGCCAGCCUCUUGGCACCUCUGACUCAUCCACACCACCUGUAUUCUACGUUGUCUCCUCUAAAGACUGGUUUGACAUGCAAGAUUUGGGGAUCACCCAGGAGGCAACACUGAAGAACUUCUCAUUGGUCCCAUAUUUCUUCAAUGCCUGCCUAACAGAUGCGGCACUUUCUAUCCCAGCUUAGCUGUCACCAGACUGAUACUGCUUUCUGUAACUCAUCAGUGUUCCAGGCUGAAUUUGGUAGAACAGAAGUAGCUUGUUAUGAAACAAAAUGGAUGACUCCUUGACCAUAAACUACUGUUUACAUUAAUAGUAAUUUUAAAAUGUAAUAUAAAGUCAUUGUCUUCAUUGCCAGUCUUGCAGAUGUGUCUCUCUCGAGCAAUGCAUUUAAACAUUUGAACUAGUUUUUAAGAUCUUUUAUUCGAUUGGCUGUAUAGUAUAUUUUGUUUAAAGAGAACUUGCUGACAUUUAAAAGCAAUGUUUUGGUGAUUCUGUACAGGACAGUGGAUUCUGAUGUGUUUGAUGAAGUUAUUAAGAGUGUAAUCAGUGUAGUACACGGUUUGCAUGAACACUUACGCUAGCUUGAUUGGAAACGCAAUGGUGCAAGAUUAAAUUCUGCCCUUUGCUGCCUCAUUGACCACUGAAGCACUGGCAUGUAAUGUCACACAAGAAAGCCGGUUUAUUAGACAAGCAUGUCCUGCAAAUGGAAAAAGUAAGUGUGGGUGGCGGAAUCUGCAAAUAUGUUAUAGGUUAUUUAUAAUGCAAUAAACCUCACUUUGUUUUAAUAGUUUUUGCCGAAUUGUUAAAUAUUUAAGAUUAUGUCAUGUCUAAUUGCAGUGUCCUAUUGUCUCCUUGCUCGAAGCCUGUUAAUAGUUGCAGCUUUGCUUGUCAAAAUGAAUAAAAACAUGGUAAAAUCAA